AUGCGUCUUGACAUUGCUUCGGUCGUCGGCCUUGUCAUUGCUCCUGCAUUGGCAGGUUGCCCAUAUGCUCGAGAUCUCGGCUUGAAUGUCGACGAUAAUGAGAAUCCUCACAUCAAUGCCGCUCGUGGGGUUCCCUCCAAAAGCUCAUCAACAGCUAUCCCGUCAGCUACACCCGCCGUUGGAAAGAAGGGUGUUUUCUAUAUGAACCGCAUCGGACCUUCAGGAUCUCAGUUAUGGAUUUCCAACGCGGACGGAACAAAUGCGACACAAUUAAUGGGUAAUAAGACCGAUGCCUUUAAUUAUCACCCUACCUGGUCGCAAGAUGGAAAAUGGAUCGUUUUCACUAGCGAACAACGCGGAGCAGGCCAGUCCGACUUAUACCGUGUGCGCCCCGAUGGAACGGGCUUCGAAACGCUUAUCGACACCGACAGCGCGGAGGAUGCUGGUACAUUAUCGCCGGAUGGAAACACUCUGGCUUAUGUUUCCACACAUGGGAAUUACACCAUGAACGUCUGGGUCAAGGGCCUCCAAACUGGCGUCGCCCAGAACCUUACCGAUACCCCGGAGAACCGUGCUGAUAACACCUGGCCCACUGGCCACUUCCGCCCUUCAUGGUCUCCUGAUGGAAAAUGGCUCGCCUUCAGUUCGGACAGAAACAACGACUGGACUGGCCACAGUGAUGGAGUUGGUUGGGAACACACCCAAAAUCUUGGUCUAUACAUUGUUCGCCCCGAUGGAACUGGCUUCCGUAAGAUCCUACACGAGCACGGCUUUGCUUUGGGUACACCUCAAUGGUCGCCUGAUGGAAAGCGCCUUAUCUAUAACAACAUGACAAGAGAGAACACCUACUACGCCCACGGUGUCUCCACUGAGCAGGUUCUAGUCGCUUCUCAGAUCUACAGUGUUGAUGUGGCUACCGGAAAGCAUAUUGUCAAGCACACCUCUGACGACCACCUCAAGGUUGGCCAACACUUUAUUGGCAAUUCGACUAACAUUGGGUAUUUGAUCAAGGCUGGUACAUCGGAAGGAAUUAGCUAUAUCUCCCCUGAUAAGACACACAAAUCUUUCAACCUGACUGGUCUGCGUGAGCCCUCUUGGUCUCCUGAUGGCUCUAAGAUUGUCUACAAUGUGCUUAACUGGGAUCAGCAGCCUGGUGAGCUCCAGCUCUGGAGCUUUGAUGAUGAAUGGGAUUACCGCUACAUGGAUGUCUUCCCCAUGCACAAUGUUCCUUCCAACACCCUAGGUAUUACACAGAAGGUUCUGGGAGGCGCCAAUAGCUCCCUCGUGACUUCAUCAACAAAGUACACCAACCUGAUUGACUCACUCGACUCCUAUGACAUUUACUCUGCCGACAACAGCACUGAGGUUGAGUGGCUGGUUGAGGGUAACUCCGGUGCUUUCCAGCCCUCAUUCAAUCCCGACGGCGAUGAACUUGUUGUCGGAUUUGGUGCCUGGUUUGUGACCCGCUCCACUGACACUGGUGGUAUCUGGCGUGUCGCCGCCAACGGCACCUCGCACACCAACCUCACCGACUUGCAAAACAACGCCGGUUUCCCCACCUGGUCUCCCAAUGGAACAGCCAUCGUUUACCGUCUAUGGGACAUCGAGAGUGGCGCUCCCAAGGGUCUCCAGCUCUUGAAUUUCACUACUGGCGAGACCACCAGGUUGACCCACGGCUGGGAUAACACCCCUGGCUGGUCUCCCGACGGAGAGCGUAUCGUCUUCACCCGCAAUAACAACUGGACCGAGUCUUACGGUGCCCGUUGGUACGCUGAUCGCUUUGAUAUCUACACAGUCCGCCCCGAUGGCUCCGAUUUGACUCAGGUCACGGACAGUCUGGCCAAUGACGCACACGCCGUUUGGUCUCACGAUGGCCGCAUCAUGUGGUCUACCGGAAUGUACGGUUUCAAGGAUGAGAGCGCCCUGUACGACAACACUUUCCAGCCUUAUGGUCAGAUCAUGGUCAUGAACUAUGAUGGAACUGAUAAGCACAUCGUCACGGAUACGAUUUGGGAGGAUUCUAUGCCGCUUUACAUGCCUAACGAGUACCUUGAAUAG